AUGAAUAAAAGAACCGGAGUUGACACUUCAGUCAACUUGGACGAAACUACUAAUGAAACCCAAGACUUAAGACCUCCAGAAAACCCAAAUAAUAGAAGAAGAUCACGUAUCUCUCAAAUGCAUAUUGAUACAAGGAGACAUUCAAAGCUUUCAACCACUUCAGUAUCAUCAAUCGGUGAAAAUCUGAAAAAUAGUAAAUCCUAUACAGAUAACCCUGUCCUUAAGAAAAAGAACAACUCAAUGCCUACUAUUAUUUUACUGAAACUAACAGGCUCAAUCUUCCAAGCAAUUUUAACUGUUUUUGCUUGUAUAGUUUAUGUUAUGAGCACAUAUAUAGGAGAUGAGCAAACAAUGUUUUUUAACUCACUAGAGCUCGCAAUUGCAAUAUUAUUUACAAUAGAUUAUAUCCUUGGGUUUAUUACUGCAAUAGAUAAAAAGAAAUUUAUGCUGAAACCUCUUAAUAUCAUUGACAUUGUUAUUAUUCUCCCAGUUUACAUCACUCUUUUAAGUGUAAAACACAUUUAGCCUUCAUCACAUAGCUCUUUGACGUUUACUAGGUUUAUCCGUGUCGUUAGAGUUAUCAGAAUCUUAAGAUUAUACAGACUUUUUGCAGUAAAAUUUAUUUAGUUAUCAAAAGCUGAAGACCAGCCACAAGGAGGCUUUGUGAUACAGUCUUCAGAAGUAGCCAGACAAAUAAUGAUAGCGAUUUUAACAGUUUUUACCUUGAUUUUUAUAUCUGCAGGAGUAGUGCUGGCACUACAAAAUACCAAUGAUUUUCAGAUCACUUUGCCAGUUCCAGGUGAAACUAUGACUUUUGAAAAGGCAUUAUAUUUUAUUAUAAUUACAACUUCAACUGUCGGGUAUGGAGAUAUGAGUCCAUCUACUAAGCUUGCUAGAGCUAUCAUAGGUCUUUAUAUCAUUAUUGCUGUCAUCAUUAUGACUCAACAAACUUCAAAGCUCGGCGAGCUCAUGAAAAAUAGUUCUCCUUACAAAAAUCCUUAUAAAACAGAACCAGGCAAGCACAUUGUAGUAACUGGAAAGUUCAAUGCUACCACCCUUUAUAGGUUCUUAAAAGAGCUUUACCACCCUGAUCAUGACAUGCCAAUGACCGAAUGCAAAGUUUUAAUUGUAAACUCAGAGCCUCCAAGCAAAGAUAUUUUAGCUAUCUUAAACCAUCCUAUGUAUGAAGAAGCUGUAAAAUACCUAGAAGCUGAUUUUAUGGGCGAAGAAACGUUAAAGAGUGCAGCAAUUGAUAUAAGUCGAGGAGUUGUAGUCCUGACAAACCAAUAUGAAGACGAAAUCGCUAAUCAAGACGUCAAUGCUAUAUUAGCGUCUAGUGCUGUUAAAGAAUUUUCAGCUGAAACUCCAGUCUUUCUUCAGCUUGUCAGACCUGAUUUGCUUAUGCAUCACUAUUGGGCAGGUUGGGAAACUGGAUUCAGCACUUGGAAAUUUAAACUUUCUAUGCUGUCUGCCAAUGCAUUUACACCUGGCUUUAGCACUUUGCUAUCAAAUUUAAUGAUUUCUUCCUCUGGGAUAAUGAAAAAAGAAUGCUUUGGAAAUCAUUGGGUAACUGAAUACAUUGCAGGGCUCUCUAACGAAGUUUACUACUACAAAUUUCCAAAGCAUUUAAUAGGAGCAAAAUACACAGACGUCGUCAAAGCAUUUUAUUUCAAAAAUGGCUCAUUGAUUAUAGGCAUCCAAACUAAAUUAAAUGACGCUACAGAAAUUUUAUUGAACCCUGUGGAUUAUUAUAUCAAAAAAAGUGACAGAGCUUUUAUGAUCGCUGAAGGCAUUGAAGAUGCAAAAGAAAUUGAAGAACUUGAUAUACAUGAAAUUGGAGUAGAGCCGGUUAAAUUUGAAAUGUUUGAGCAAUUAAGACAGAUGAAAACGCCACCACCGAUAAAAAGUGUAUAUAAACCUAUUGAAGAAAGACAUUUACUUAUGUGGGGAACGGAUUUGAGAGGGUCUGUAUGGGAUCAUAUUAUUGUGUUUGGGAGACUUGAGCAUUUAGAAAUUUUAUUGGAGACUUUUGCGAAAACUAUAAAAUUAAAAAUAAAUAGAUAAAUAUUUUUAAUGGAAAAAAUAUGUGAAUAUUUACUUGAAGGAGAAUAGUAAUCAAUUGGUUUGUUAUGUGUCUGAUCAGCCUCCUGAUAAUAAAUGAAAAAGAAUUUCACAAACAUAUAGAGACGCUCUGUACUUAGAAUGCUCUUUUUCUGAUGUAGAAGAGCUUUCACACACUGCAAUAAGUUUUGCUUAUCACACAAUUUUAUUACCUCCCCCCCAUUAAAUUGAACAGUAAAACCUGCUCAAAGUUAAAAUUUUUUUUUUCAAAAAAAUUAUAUACGAAUUUUAUUUUAUUUAUAAUUAAUGAAGAAAUUAAACGAUUCAAUGUAAAAAUUGCUUAGAUUAGAUUACGAUAGGUAUUUAUAGUCCCCACUUCCUGAAGUGCCGUGCGUUCGGUAGGUGUGUGCCUGCGGGGCGGGCUCCCUCAAGUCACUUUGGGCCAGGGCCGAAAUCCCCGGUUUUUCGAUAGAUCCAUUUUCAGAACUACCCCACCCUGGGUAGUUUAUGCCCAGAUCGUCCCAUUGAGGAGCCCUUAGAACUGGAGAAACUAGCCCUGAAAAUUUUGUCUGAUCUGUCUUCCACUUUUUCUCCGGAUCAUCUCCGAAGAAAAACAAACGCGGUUGCGUAGAUUCGGGACAGGCACGAAGCAGCUGAGGCAGAUGAGUCGCCCUGCCUCUAUCGGACACCCGUUCUGGAGCUGGACGCUGCUAAUAAAAAAGAUGAAAAAACUGCUGUUCGAGCCAGGCCACUAGUCAGUGGAAAUAGUGCUGGGCCUCUCACUUCGAUACUAAACCGACCCUUGGGCAGUUCUUUGUAUCAAAAAAACGUGUCCGAAUAUGCAUAAGGACACCCCAGCAGGAAGGGCAGGUCGCUUGUCACCGGCCAUUUUAUAUAUAUGUGAAAACUGUUUAAAUAAUAUUCUAUUUACAUUUUCCAUUUUGGUCAACAUCUAUUCCAUAAAAUUAUUAUUUUUCACCUAUUAAAUUUUUCCAUUAAAAAUAACAAUUUAAAUGGGUUGAAAGUACCCAAAAAAUGAAAAUUUUGCUGAUAUUUUGCUCCAAUUUAAAAGAGGGAGUAAGCAAUAGAAUUGAAGGUUCCACAAUGGAAGAUUCUGGUCUAUUGCCACUUGUAGGCUUAAUUGAAAAGAAUUUUACUUGUAAAUUCACUGUUGAAUUAGUCGAUGAAAUUUAAGAUUUAAGAUUACGAUAACACUCUGUCGACCCCCACUUAGCUUAGGAUCUGACAAACAAGCCCUUCCUUCCUGAAUUCCAUCACUGGCAAACAGCUCUGAACAACGGUAGGUGGAAUCGGCCUAAACCGUAGAACCGUUACAGUUGCCUAUGACCUAGACGAGUCUCUCUUUCUUUCUUGAUGUUGAUUCAAGCACACAAGGAACUGCCGAAGCAGUUCCAGCGCUAAUAUCCUUCAGAAAGUCUGAACUUCCCUCACUAGGAUGACCUUAGGGUACAAGGACCCUAAUUCAUGCGCUCCAUUUUUAAUUGUCGAUGAAAUUAAUUUGAAAUAUUUAGAUAAAAAGCCACGAUCCGAGCUUGAAAAUUUGCCAUUUGUGGUGUGGCCAAGAUAUGCAGCAUCUCAUGUGUUUUUUUCGAGCGCUUUGGAUUAUAUUAUAGCUCAAGCUUUUCAUAAUAACAUUUUAAUCGAUUUAGUGCAGCGCCUGAUUGUAUACGAAGAUAUGUUUGCAGAGCUUGGAAUUGAUGAAAAUUAUAGGAUAAAUUCAAUAGAGCUGCCAGAAAAUUUAUAUGGUAAAAUUACUUUUGGCGAAGUAUUCAAUUAUUUACUCUAACUAUUUAAUAAUUUUUUAAUAAAAAUAUAUAUUAAUCCAAAAAAAUAUUAAUUUCUCUAUAAGAAGUAAAAAGUUAAUAAGUCUUCAAAGACCUCUAGUCGCUUUAGGAAUAUACCGCAACACAGGAAUAUUAAAUAAUGAAACCCCUUAUGUCUACACAAAACCAGAUGCAAACACCCCAAUUUUCCUUGGCGAUAAAAUAUUUGUAAUGGGAGAGCUAGAAGACAGGGAGUCAAGUCCAUACUUAAAAGACGUAAAAAAUGUCAAAAGAAAAACAACUGUUAUAGACUUCAGCAGAAAAAAAUCAAUCACAAAAAGAACGUCUUCUUUAACUAUAAGGAAAAAAACAGUUGCCCAAUCAGCCGUUCAGGUAGUUGAAGACGAGGUAAGAGACGAAACUCAACCUUUUACUGAUGAAGAAAUUAUUAAUAUGGUGAGAAACCUUUUAGAAAAAACCAAAAAAGAAAGAGAUAUUAUAAACGUAAUUUUUAUGCAGAGACAAAACGAAACUUUAAUUAAUUUAACAAGCGAGUACAACACCGUUCAGCAAAUGCUGCAGGGGAUGGAUUUAGAGGAGGAUGAAAAUAUAAGUUCAUAA